CUGCUUAGGGCGGCACCCCCGAGCAGUCCGCCGGGCCCGCGGCUCUUCCCCGCCCUCCCGCCGCCCGCUCGCAACCCGCCUCGAGGCCCGAGGCAAAGGCGGGCUGGGGAGAGCGGGCGGCGGCCCCAGCGCCCCGCCCGGGAUUCCCCUCACGCGGCCCGGUCCCGCCUUUCCCCGCCGAGGGAGGGCGGAGCGAGCCCGGCUGGCCUGCCCAGUGCCGCCCCGCGCCCUUGGCCCUCCCUGCCCGCAGCCCGGCCGGCGGGGAAGAGGCGCCCACGAGGCGAUGGCGGCGGCGGGCGGGUUCAGAACUGUAGAGCCUUUGGAGUAUUACAGGAGGUUCUUGAAAGAAAACUGCCGGCCUGAUGGGAGGGAGCUUGGUGAAUUCCGGACAACCACUGUCAACGUAGGUUCAAUAACUACUGCAGAUGGCUCUGCCCUUGUGAAGCUAGGAAACACAACUGUGAUAUGCGGCAUAAAGGCGGAAUUUGCAGUGCCCCCUGUUGAUUCCAGCAAUAAGGGAUAUAUUGUUCCUAAUGUGGAUCUGCCUCUGCUCUGUUCGUCAAGAUUUCGACCUGGACCUCCAGGGGAAGAGGCUCAGGCAGCCAGUCAGUUUAUGGCUGACGUGAUUGAAAAUUCACAGGUAGUAAUGAAAGAAGAUCUGUGCAUUGUAGAUGGGAAGCUUGCUUGGGUCCUGUACUGUGAUAUGAUAUGCUUGGACUACGAUGGGAAUCUUCUGGAUGCCUGCAUGUGUGCUUUUCUGGCAGCUUUAAAAAACGUGCAGUUGCCUGCUGUUAGCAUAAAUGAAGAAACCGGUUUGGCCGAAGUUAAUUUGAAAGAGAAGACUCCUUUGACUAUCAGGAAGGAACCAGUGGCUGCAUCAUUUAUCCUGUUUGACUCGUUACUGAUUGUUGACCCAACUGCAGAAGAGGAGGACUUGGCGACUGGGACUGUAACGAUUGUAACUGAUGAGGAAGGCAAACUGUGUGCUGUUCAUAAACCAGGAGGGAGCACACUAACGGGAGCCAAACUUCAAGACUGCAUCAGCCGUGCAGUAACAAGACACAAAGAAGUGAAGAAGCUGUUGGACAAAUUGAUCAAAAGCAAAAAGGCAAAAUAAACCCUCAGUUUGGUCUCUUCGGAAAGAGGACUUGUAAAAUGUAUAUUUCCCCACAGUACACACACACCAGUUAUCUCAAAAAUACAUUUAUAAAGUUGUAUCAAAACAUUUUUCCACGA